GUACAGCGUGACUGCUCCUCUUUGGCUGAUAGCGCCACGGAAGGUUAACGCUCCGUAGAAUGUGGUGCUGCCCCCUGCAGAGCCAAGAGGCUGUGAGUGUACAGCCGCUGACCAUGUCCCUCCGACUCCUGCCUGCUAUCGUUAUGGAAAACGACGAGGACGAUGAUGGGAACUUCACCAACUGGAUGAGCAGCUACUGGGGUCACGGAACAGAUGCCGGGCAUUCCAGAGAGAGGAAACGCAGUUUCAGACGGCCUUCGAAAGCUCACAUUGAUCGGAGAGCAUCACUCCCCACUGUGACACAACUGGACGCCAUGAAGCUAAACAAGAUCCACACCGCGACCAAGGCACCCAUUCCCAAAACGAGGGAAGAGAAGGGGGAGACCAGGCCCCACCAGAGGGUGUAUCGCAUCUCCUCGGAUGAAAACCGACCCAAGACGUCCAUCACCCCCAUCCAAGAGAUCACAGAGUCCUUCCAGAAGAGGCUGUGCGUCAAUCACAAGAGAACCAUGUCUCUGAGCGAUAAAGACAAGGUGUGCCUGAUUUGUCGUGAAGACAUGUGUAAGAGUGGAGAGGGAGUUCAAGAACUUCAGUGCACACACCGCUUCCACAAAGAGUGCAUGGAGCAGUGGAUGUGGAUGAGACAGACAUGCCCCACGUGCCGUGUCCAUGUCUCCGUGAUAAAGCCUCUCUACUGGUCUUCGUCCCGCACAACUAUCCCAUGAAGGCCACUGCACUCGCACCACCUGCAUGUUCAUUCCAGCGACCUACUGGCCCAAAGACCUCCUGCCUGUCCUAAUUACUCCCUCCCUCUGCACGAUCACACAGUUCUAGCUUCUCCUCUUGUCUCGGAUCCUCUGGGAGAGCAGACUUUGCCGCAGGCAGUCCGGGUAAAUGAGAUUUGAGGGGACUAUGUCACGGGAGAACCUUUGGCCAUUCUGGUGGCUUUGAUUCAGGUUGAACAUUUUAGGAGGACAUUUCAAGCACUGGACUGUUCACAUUAAAACUAAAGGACACAGAGAACUCAGCUCCAGACAACGGGCAGCUUAUUUGUGUUUGUAACCUCAAUGUGUUCAAAAAGUACCCUCAAAAAAUAUUUUGUCUGGUUGAAAAACGUUCUAGUUUGGGUUAGGUUGACAAACCCAGCCUUAGAUGGUUUGUUGUUUUUUCAGUUUAGCUUUCUCAAAUCUAGUUUGGUUUUGUAUCCUUUGGCCCCACCAACAAGAAGUUAGGGCAACAACGAUUUAACUGGUUGUAUACAAUCUACAUUGUUAAUCUGAAUAUACUAAAAAAAGUGGAAUUGCAUUGCAUUUAUUUAUUUUAGACAAAGAUCAUUUACUUCCCAACUUGACGGUACAGGUAUCAGCCAGUGUUGGUGUUUUUCACCUGCUCGAUUUAUGGGCAGUUCGAACAUGAAGGGUGCGGUUCUGGCUCUAGCUGGGAGGGACUGAUACAUGAAGACUCUGUCGCCGCGAGGACAUUGGGACGGGGAAGCAACGUAAAACACCGAGAAUAAGAAUACUAAAUGUUCCAAAACUCUCCAGUAACACCAUGAAAACCUGCUAGAAUUUUCACGAGUUGCAUAAAAAAAUCACUAGAAAGGUCUGACAAGUCUCUAAAGAUAAAAAAAAGUUGCUAAGACAACAGUGUCUCUACAACAAAAUGGGUCACGAUUUUUGACCCAGUAUUCGCUUAUACAUCCCCCAAAUCUGUUUAUUAAGGAUAAACCCAACAUUCAGGUUAAAGGAAAAUCCCAGCAGGUCUUAAAGAGUACUCUCACUGCUAUCUAUGAUGGUAUCAGUAGGGACUUCCACAGUUGUGUUUACUUGGUGUAAACCCAACAGUGUAUGUCUAUCUGUUGUUAUACUGUGGUACAAUAUGUGAAUUUCAGCUUCUUUAAUGGAGUACGUUGUUUAGUCACAUGAGUAGAGUAGCGUUGCACUGAUGCCAGCAUGUAAGGUAUGGGGUUGUGAGAGCUCUUAGUCUUUCUGCUAAACUAAGUUUGAGGUUGGCUGCCUGCUACUCUGUGUUUAAUAUGGCGGCAUAAAAUCAGGUAUCAGCCUCAUCUAACUCACAACAGAAAGGUGGAUAUUGCUAAACUAUGCCUGAAUGUCUGACAUUGAGUAAAUUGGAUGUUAUAAAGAUA